UCCUGCACGAUCAAUUUACUCCACCAUGAGAGCUAGUUUCUCUGCUUCCGAUGUUCCUUUGAACGCUCCUCAUGGGGCUAGGGAGAGACGCUUCUCCACCAACAAAGAGCCCACUGACAGCGAAUUGAGCUCCUCGGUCCAUCGUCAAUUCCGUAACGCCCAUCAAGGACACAAACCCCACGCUGGAUUAGAUCCCUCGCGCGCAUCUACUGGAGUUGUCUGGACUACUGAGAGAGCCUAUGAGCAUGGCUUUGCUGAACAUCCGGAAAAAUGGGCAAACUUGGGUCAAGGCGCUCCUGAGGUCGAUGAUGAGAUUGAGGGCUGCUUCGAGAGGCCUCACCACAUCGAUGUUUCCAUGACUGGCCNNGGCCCGACUGCUGGAAUCAAACCUUUGAGAGAAGCUGUUGCCAAUCUCUACAAUGAGCACCACCGCAAAGGCAAGGAGAGUCAAUACACUUGGGAGAAUGUCUGCAUUGUUCCUGGUGGCAGAGCUGGUCUCAUCAGAAUCGCCGCUGUCAUCGGUAAUUACAUGGGGUUCUUCAUACCUGAUUACACCGCCUACAACGAGAUGUUGUCGCUUUUCCGUAACUUCAGCGCCAUCCCUAUCCCGUUAUCUAAGCAAGAUGGGUACCACAUGCACCCUGACAAGAUUGCGGAGGAAAUCGCUCGCGGUACCAGCGUCAUCUUGACAUCCAAUCCUCGUAACCCCACAGGCCAGGUCCUCACCAAUCCUGAGCUUGCUCAGAUCCAAGAUAUCUGUAGAGACCGUGCAACAUUGAUCAUGGAUGAGUUCUACGGCGGCUACAACUACACCAGUGACUGCGAUGGUACUGUUGUCUCCGCUGCUGACAACAUUGAAGACGUUGAUGAAGAUGUUGCCUGGAUUGUUGGACCCAAGGAGUUCAUCAAGGCUAUCGGCUCUUGUGGAUCUUACCUUGACGGAGGCACCAACGUUCCCUUCCAAGAGGCUGCCAUUCCCAUGCUGGAACCUACCAAGGUCAAGCACGAAAUGCGUGCCUUGCAACACCACUUCCGCGAAAAGAGAGACUAUGUUAUUGGUAGAUUGACCGAGAUGGGCUUCAACAUCGAACGUAUUCCCAACUCGACCUUCUACCUGUGGCUGGACUUGUCUUCGCUGCCCGAGGGUAUCAACGAUGGUCUCAACUUCUUCAACGCCUGUCUCCACGAAAAGGUUAUCGUCGUACCUGGCAUCUUCUUCGACCUAAACCCCAGCAAGAGAAGAGAUCUCUUCGACUCUCCCUGCCACAAGCACGUCAGAUUGAGUUACGGUCCAAGAAUGGACGUUCUGAAGAUGGGUCUCGACGGCAUCGAGCGAGUAGUCAAGAAGCACCGCAACGAUCACACUCCUGCUAAGCAGGAUGGUCCUUCUGAGACCAGUCAAGGUGGCCAUGGCGAGCACGUU